AUGCCCUCACGUCUACUACAUGUACUAGCUUUUACAUUACUUUCUUCGUUAUUAUCAUUGACAGUUGUUGCAGAUGAAAAUAUUUUCAAGACUAAAUAUAGUAAUGAAACCAUAAUAUCAGAUGAUGCAGAUGAAGAAGAAGCCCAACAAGAGUUUAAACCAAAAUUUAACUUUUUAAUAACAAUCGGUUUUUCUGGUCUAGCAUUGAAUCUCAUUGGAGUUUUAUGUAUAUUUUACCACACAUAUUUACAAUGGAAGGCACAAACAUCUUCCAUGAAAAUGUACUAUAGACUGCCAUUUUACAUUGCGAUCACGGACUUGAGUAUCAUAAUCACUCACUUUUUAAAUAUGAUUCACCCUGUUAUCUAUCGAACUCCAUGGCCAAACCCAUUCUGCAAUCUUCUUGGGUUAACUAUUGAAGUAACACAAUGUCUAAAUCAGUUUUUAUUUAGUAUUGUUGCAGUUUCAAUUUACCUAAAAGUCAGUAAAAAUUCCAAAAUUGAUUUUGGAAAAUAUGAUUGGAAACUAUUUACGGGAAUGAUUGUCUUAACGUCCCUAUUUUCAAUACCACCUCUAAAAUCCGAUGGAUAUGGCGCUCAACAAGUGUGGUGCGGAUUAAAACCUGGGCGUCAAUUUGUCACUUUAUACUUUUUUCUGCUAGCAACUGUAAAUCUUUUAGUCACGACAGUUUGUUAUGUCCAGAUUUUGUCGAAAUUAAAACAAAGCCGAUGUGACUUAGUUUCGUCUAGGCAUCAGACGAAAAAUGUUGAGGAUCGGGUCACGAAAAAGAUUGCACUUCAUGUGCUCGUUUUUCUUUUGCAAUGGCUGCCUGUAAAUUUAUAUACAAUAACAUUUUUUUUUGGGACUUCCGAUUUUUGGAUAAUGGUUGUUGCGGCGAUUGGGAUAAACAUGGGUGGUAUAGGGAAUGCGCUUGCCUACGCAUACAACAUAGAUCUAUUCCAGCGUCAUCCAGAUGAAACAGGAAAACAAAAAUGGGGCGGACUGAUAGUAGACAACUGA